UGCGAACGUUCAUACUGUUGCCAGUGGUGUCGACUUUUUAAGUUAUGUGUUGAAGAAGAAGUAGUUGUGCAGUCUCGAAGCCCUUCAAGAUGAUAUCGAUUUUACCCUUCACACCCCCGGUUGUUAAGCGCUUGUUGGGUUGGAAGAAAGGCGAAGGUGAAGACAAAUGGAGCGAGAAAGCCGUCAAAAGUUUGGUGAAGAAGCUGAAGAAAUCUGGAGGAAUGGAUGAACUCGAGAAGGCGAUUUCUACUCAAGACGCUCACACUGCGUGCAUCACUAUUCCCAGUGGGGGGGUGGCCGUGGGCAGGUCGCUGGACGGCCGGCUGCAGGUGUCGCACCGCAAGGGGCUGCCACACGUCAUCUACUGCCGCCUGUGGCGCUGGCCCGACCUGCAGAGCCACCACGAGUUGCGCGCCACCGACCACUGCCAGUAUGCCUUCCAUCUCAAGAAGGACGAGGUGUGCGUCAACCCCUACCACUACCAGCGAGUAGAGACGCCCGCAUUGCCGCCAAUUCUUGUGCCGAGGCAGACGGGCGACCUACCCACAGAGCUGCCCAGCUUGGAUGAUUAUGCCAACUCGGUGCCUGACAACACAGACUUUCCGUCGAGCCUAGACGUGCAGGCUUUUCCUCUCACAGAGACACCUCCGCCGGGUUACAUGAGCGAAGACGGAGAAACCACUGAUCAAAAUGGCGCUGACAGCAUGGAUACGGUACUCCUCUCUUCACCCAGCCCUUCACCAGAAGUGCAGCCGGUGACGUACACGGAGCCGGCUUUCUGGUGCUCCAUCUCGUACUACGAGCUCAACACACGGGUUGGGGAGACGUUCCACGCUUCACAGCCCUCCCUCACUGUGGACGGCUUCACGGACCCCUCGAGCUCAGAGCGGUUCUGCCUUGGCCUCCUGUCCAACGUCAACCGCAACUCAGUCGUUGAGCAGACCCGGAAGCAUAUUGGGCGUGGUGUACGCUUGUACUACAUAGGCGGUGAGGUGUUUGCGGAGUGCCUGAGCGAUAGCAGCAUCUUUGUGCAAAGCCCCAACUGCAACCAGCGGUACGGAUGGCACCCUGCUACGGUGUGCAAGAUACCUCCAGGCUGCAACCUGAAGAUCUUCAACAACCAGGAGUUUGCGGCCCUGCUGACGACGUCGGUGUCCCGGGGCUUCGAGGCUGUGUAUCAGCUGACGCGCAUGUGCACCAUCCGCAUGAGCUUUGUGAAGGGCUGGGGUGCAGAGUACCGGCGCCAGACAGUCACCUCCACCCCAUGCUGGGUCGAGCUGCACCUCAACGGUCCCCUGCAGUGGCUCGAUCGCGUGCUCACCCAGAUGGGUUCGCCCCGCGUGCCCUGCAGCUCCAUGUCGUGAACUCCUCCUGUCACCUCCUCCCAACGUAGCGGUGGUUAGCUGGUGCGUCUCUCUCGUGUGCCUGUGUGCGUGGUUGUGCAGUUUUUUUUUCUACACUGUCUCGCAGGUGCUUGGGUGUGUUAGAGGGGUCGAGAGACGGCCUUUUUUUGUAAUCGCAGCACCCGCCCGUCGAGGGGCGCUUUGUCAUUUUUUGCCGGCUAGCGAGGGGCCGUGUGAGUGGGCAAAAUUGGCUUGCAUAGCAGUCACCACUCAUCGGGCAACCUGCUACUAUAUCGUCUUAGCUGUCCCGAAAUUACUAGACAUCGGAAACUAUU